AUGGCUAGCUCCUCUGGUUUUUCAAACCUUCUACGUAGCCAACUUCCUGUAGACCUUGAUUCACCCGAACCCUUUUGGUUCGGGUCCGAACUUCCUGUUGAGUCUCCUAGCCCAGUCCCUGAAGUCCCUGAAGUCCCUGAAGUCCCUGAAGACAAGGACCCUAUCGUCGGCAAUGACCAGAAAGCUGGUGCUUUCUGGAGGCGUAUUGUAGACUACUACAACGCAAACCCUCACCUCGUUGGGCAAAUACCGCGAGAGAUACCUUCUUGCAAGCAGAGGUGGUCUAGGAUCAACGAGCAAGUAGGCAGGUUUACUGGAUGUUAUGAUGCGGCUCUGAGGGCGCAGAGAAGUGGCCAAAACGAUGAUGAUGUGAUGAAAGCCGCCUUAGACCUAUUCUUCGUCAAGUACAACAACAAGUUCGUCAUGGAUCACUGCUGGAGGGAGCUGAGGUAUGACCAGAAAUGGUCAUCCAACUAUGUGCCUAAGGAGGGUGGAAAGGAAAAGUGGAAACAAGUGUUGGAGGUUGAUAGAGAACCUGAGGCUAGACCUAUCGGUAUAAAGGCUGCCAAAGCUGCCAGUUUGAAGAAGAAGAAUCCUAGAGAAGUGGAGUUGUCAAAGCUACAAAGCGUUUUAGAACUGAAGGAAAAAGUGUCUAGGAAUAAAGUCCUUGAACGCUUGCUUGCGAAGAAAGAGCCACUGUCUGAGAUCCAGGAGAAGCUAGUGUCGAAACUACUAUCUGAAAUGUCAAGAUGUCACGGGAGAAGAGGAGAAGAAGUCACGGGAGAAGAGGAGAAGUCACGGGGGUGA